AUGUUAAUUUUAUUCAUAAUCUCAUAAUUGAUUGAGUAUUCCUCUUCUACUUUGUUGGUGUAUACUUUUGGAAAUAGAGAUUUAUUAUUAAAUACAACUAAAUACUCAAUUGCAAAUUUUGGAAAUGUUCCAUAUGGAUAAUAAUUGCAUGGAUAAUUGUUUAUGCCUCCAUUACAACAAUCUGAUCUUUUAGUUGGAUAAUUUUGUGAUCUAAAGACCAUUAAUUCGUAUAGUCCUUACUUUUCUUUUAAGCCUGAUAAAUGGAUCAUUAGUAGAGUUGGAGGUUGUUCAAUCACUUAAAAAGCUAUACUUGCUUAAAAGUUAUAGGCUAAAUUACUUCUAAUUUUUGAUGAUAAAGCAGAUGAUAACUCUGAAUUAUUUUUAAUUGAUGAUGGUAAUGGAUAUUAAAUUUAUAUACCUGUAAUUAUGAUUAGAUAAAAUGAAGCUAAUAUUCUAUAUAAAUAAUUAGCAAAUGAUCAACCUGGAGGUUCAUUAAAUGCACAUAUUAAAUUUAAUUAAAUCAUUCAAACUUAAAAACCUAAAGUGUUGUUUGGAUUAGAUAUUAGUAAUAGAGACACUUUUAAAUUAAUUAAGAAUUUUAAGAAAUAUUAUGACGAAUUAAAAGACUUUAUUGAUUUUGAUAUUUUUUAUCAUUUGUUUUAAUGUCCAAGAUGUAAACAAUAAAAUUAUACAGAAUAAUAAAUUGAUUGUAUAAACAAUGGUAGGUAUUGUUAAUUAGACUCAAACGAUUAUGAAAAUGGUAAUGGUGCUGAUGUAGUCAUGGAAUAAUAUCGUUAAUUAUGUUUAUGGCAAUUAAAUCAUACAUAUUGGUGGAGAUAUAUGGUAAUAAACAAAUUUAUUAUUCAAAUAGAAUUAUUUCAGUUCAUAAUGUAGUCAACCAAAAUAAUUUUAAAGUUGCUUUGAAUUUUAUAUAUCUGAAGACAUUUAAAAAAAUUUAAGUGAAUGUCUCAUUUAAAGAAAUGGAUAGAUAGAAUUAUUGGAAAGAUAAUUCCUACUCUAAAUGAAAUCUGGAAUUGUAUAUUUUCCUGGUCUAACAAUAAAUGGGAAAAUAUUUAGGGGAAAUAUGGAUGUUGAGAUUAUUAAGAAUGCUCUUUGUUCAUCAUUCAAAGAUUUGACAAAUAUUAGUGUUUGCAAUAAUCAAUAAUUAUUAAUAGAAGAAUAAACAUCUUAUAAAUGGUUAAUAAUCCUAGUUGUAUGCAUGAUAAUUAUAUUUUUAUUGUUUAUCUUUUUUAUUUUUAGAGAAAUGUUGAAAAAUCAAAUGAAAUAAUAAAUGAAAGGCCAAAUUGAAUAAGCACUUAAUGAAUACAUUUAAUAUUAUGAAAAUUGA